UCUCACAAGCACGGCCCAGGCUAAAAAAUCCUUCCAUUUUGACCAUCGCCACUCAUCACUAACACGGCCACUCAAUAUCGAAGAUGUGGUCACCAAACUGAACGGUUGUUAGUUGUUAGUGGCUCCUCCCGCCAUUGUCUGUACAGCAAGAUGGCCACACUGUUUAUUGUUCUGCCAAAAUUUCCACUCGUCAGUUCUCUCUUUUCCUCUCCAAGUCAUUACCAGGGAUGGAGAGUUAGGCCUUUCACUGUGCAGAAGCUCAACCCAUUUUUAUCAAAAUCUCUAACAGAGUCAAAGAAGAGGAGAACUUUAAUCUGUGCAGUCAAUCAAGAUCCAGAGGAAUCAUUUAAAAAGACUGUAGAAGUGGAUCGGCUAAUAGAUAUGCUGAGAGAUGCAAAUCCAAGAGAACUGCAGAAGCUUGUUGUUGAAAAUGUCCUCGCUUUCAAUGAGGGCUUUUGGAUACGACUUGCUGCUAGAACUGAUACCUGUAAAUCAGAGGAUGAUAAAAAAGAUUACGAGGAGUUGGCAAUAUCUGUGAUGAGCAUAGUGGAUUGUCUGGUCCAUAAGACCAAUGAAAAGAUUGAGUCAGCCACUGAUAUUCUCAAGGAAAUUUUAAAACCUAUAGUUGAUGGAGAGGAAGAGAUUCACUGGCCUCCUACAGAUCCAGAGGCCCUCAGACUAAUGGAGAAAGAUAUAAUUCAGAGGGAGCAAGAAGGGCAACUAGAUGAAGGGUUCCUUGCAGAAGUUAGUGCACAACUACGACAAGCAAAAGAAGAUGGGGACAAGCCAGGGCUCGAGGCCAUGUUGCAAAAGGUUCUGCAACUCUAUGCUUCCAGUAUUCUCUCCAAGCGGAGUUAUGCGAAGAAAGAAGAUGAAGUUUUGAAGGCUGAGCAGUUUCUGGAGACUAUAAUCAAAGCUCCCGAAGAAGAAUGGAACAAGUUUUUGCUCAAUGGAAUGACAGUUGGCAAAGGGGAAAUUUCUCCAGAGGAACUCUAUGCUGUCAUUAAGAAACGAAUCGAGAGGACAUUGAUCCGGACAGUAAUAAAACCUUCUACCUUGGAUUUUAUUCACUUGUAUUUUUGUUGUUCAGUAUUCCCUACAACUGGACGCCACACCACAUGCCACUGUCUGCUACGACUCAUACACAGGCACAUCCAUUUCUAUAUACUUCCCCUUUUCUCACACCUUCUCUAUCACUUGUAGGAAGGAGGUUCGUACCAGCAACGCAUUCUCACCGAGUAUCUUAAGGGUAUCCAGUCAAGAGCAGAAGAGAUUGUCCAAGUGCUUCAGGGAAAGCCAUGAUAGCCCAAAUACACGUCUGAGUAUAGAUUCCGUAUUUGUAAACCAUUGAUAGCGCACAAACUUGGAAAGAAUCUGUUCCUUCAAUCUGAAACAGGAAAAAGGCUACCACAUAGCAAUUGAAAAAGGAGAUGCGUAGUAUCUGCAGUUCUUAUUGUGCGCAAAAAAGAGCCAAUGCGCAAUGAAUUCUAUCCUUUUUGUGCCAAUGGUUUUAGGUUCACAUUUUAUUUCAAUGGAGGCCAAUGUACUGCCAGCCCACCGGGUUAACACAGUCAACCUCCUUUUGACAGCUAGAAGUCUGCUUCAGAUAAAUGACAUGGAUAUGAUUGCAGAGGCAUUGCCAGAGCUUCUCUGGCUAAGUUUUUGUUAAUGACUUGUCAUUCGUUAUGGUAUGCGAGUGCCUUGAUCAGAU